AUGUGACUUGCAUACUAUCAGACAGUCAUUACAGUUUUAUCGUGCGGAAAUACAACAUUGGGUAACCCGGAAGUAGAUAGCAUCUAUUUACUGUAAUGAUACCUCAACAUAUAAAAAGUUAGAAAAAUUUAGCAUUCGAAGACUAGAUCUAGAGCAGAUCUUGCCUUGAAGAUUUUUGGUGGCCCUGAAUAAAUUCAAAACAGAAAUACAGGCUCCAUUUAAGUUAAAUCCUUCAUGGAUUUAGGCGAAUUCUACAAGUGUUGAUUCAUGAAGAGUGAUGACAAUGAUUUGGCGGAUUCAACUGUUUGUUGCAUUGCUUGCCUGUUGUGAAGCAAACAGUGAAGGGACUACAAAAGAUGGCGUGUUUGUUAUUGCACCUUCUGUCGUUGGGGUCAUGUUAUGUGUCACAAUGGUACUCCUCCUUGCCUUAUGUACAUGCCUGGAAAAGAAAGGAUUUCAAGAUUUGAACAAUGAGACUCAUGACAUAGAGGCCCAACAUGUGAAUGUUCACCUGCGUGAAGGUGAAAGUCCUGAGGUUCAGUUCGAGCCUCUCCCUGAUGUCAGGCCUGAGUGGAAGAAGCACUACAUCCUCAAACCAUCUAUAAUCAACUUGAAUACACAAAGGCCAAUUGUAGAAGUGGCUAGUCAGGACAGCUUUCCAAGAGGUAACCUUGGUUAUAUUAAGGAGAUUGGGACAGGAUGGUUUGGAAAAGUGUUGCUUGGGGAGGCCACACAGACCAAUGAAGAGGGUCAGAUGUCAAGAACAAAGGUUGUCGUAAAAAUGCUACGUGAUGAAGCAUUUGAAGGUGAAGAACAACUUUUACAGAAGGAGGUAUCUCCAUUCAGGGAACUGGAGCACCCUCACAUGUUGAAGGUACUAGGUCACUGUACAGAUGGUAAUCCCCACUUGGUCAUCAUGGAGCUAUGUCCUUUUGGAGACCUGAAGAGUUAUCUUGUGGGCCAUAGGGUGGCAGAAGAUAUCUUAAAUGAGAGAGGUCUUAUGUUGAAGUUUGCAUCUGAGAUGUCUCAUGGCUUGCAAUUCCUGCAUCAAAAUGACUAUGUGCACAGAGAUUUCUCAACAAGAAGUUGUCAGCUUGCUGCAGAUCUUACUGUGAAGAUAGGAGAUUAUGGCCUCUCAGAGUCACUGUAUAAGGAGGACUAUUACUGGACAAGUGAUGAUGAGGCUAUUCCAAUACGAUGGUUAGCACCUGAGACUGUCAACUGGAGUAACAACCACCUCCAGUUGAACCAAUUUACAAAAGAGGCUAACAUCUGGUCAUUCGGUGUUACUUUAUGGGAAAUAUUUGAGUUUGCCAAGAAACCAUAUGGUAAUAUGACAGAUGAAGAGGUCCUGGAUAAUGUGAUUUCUAGCAAGCCAUUCCUUUUAGAAGCACCCUCAGCCAAUGUGAAACAUAAGGAGAAAAUGUAUGAGGUGAUGAAGUUCUGUUGGUUAGAGCCUUCAAAGCGACCGUCAGCAAAUGAACUCUUUAUAGUGUGUAAUCAUCUCCACACCAAUAGGGACACCACCGACACAAUAUCAUUUGAUGAAAAAUGGAACCAAUUACUUCCAAAUCAGCUUAAUAAUGUAGAAGCUAAGAUUGCUGGUGCUAUAGACUCCACUCCUGUCAACCAGGAACUUGCUCAACCAGAAGGGUUUGGAAACAAUUUUGUAACAGAAGCUGAAGUUGUAGCUGAUUUAGGAGAAAGGGAUGAGCCCUUAGGGGCAUCAAACCCUGAUAAUCCUAACUUUGGGAACAUGGUUUAUGUCCAAGAGCCCCAAAGUAAUCCUUCAUCAUUAGUCGGUCCUUUCAAUGAAAAUAGUCCAGAUAUCUGCUCAUUGAUGCCUGACAAGGAGCAAUCUAUUAUUACAAACCAAGAUGUCAGAGAAAGUGCUGUAACUCCUCCACCAAGAGAACCAGGAAUUAAAACAAGCACUCCAAUUAAAGCACGAGAAGUAAAACCUAAAGAAUUUGAUAAUUUAUCAAAAGACUCUGUCAGCUCUAUGGAGAACUAUGCUACUCCCUACACUGAAGAUACAGACUCUGUUAAAACUGCUGAUUUGAGUCUGGAGAAAAUACCUGAGAUAAAUGUUGACAGUUUUGAGGAUAACCUUGGAAAUCUUUCUAUGGAAAGUCUAGAGUCCACAAAUAAAAGUGAGCAUAAGGAUGUAGCCGAAGAAUCACAUGGUGCCAGUGAUGACCUCAAGUCUGUCAUAGCCAGUCUCAUACUGAAUGAGCCUACUGUUGAGAAUACAGAUCGUCAACCAGAAAGCAUCAAUAAAACAAAUCUGAGUCCAAUUCAUGGUCUUCCUGCAAAUGAUGAUAAUAGUCAGCCAUCAAGUGCUAAUAAUACCCAGGACAUAACAGGAACAUCUGAAAACACCACCUUCCAUUCGUUGCAGUCUUCCCUCUCAACCACUGCUGGUUAUGAGACCGCCAAGAGCCCUGAUGCACUGGAAUUGACUGGCACCAGUCUAGGCGACACUCUGCUUUCCCUUGAUAGCACUAUGGGUACCCUGAUUGCUAGUGAGGACUUUUCAGAUAAUGGAGCUCUGGACUUGAUUGCGAAGCAUGACUCCAUUGAAGAUGAGCCAAGCAUUGGUCUUCUUGAAGAUUUUGAUCCAUCUGCUUCACCGUCCCAAUUCACACUUAAUGGGUCAGCCAGGUCUCCAUUCAGUGAGGCAUUAGGAGGCAACACACCACUGUUCUCUACAAUGGGUUCCCACGAUGGUGAUGAGCUGUCUGCUGGCCUGCAACAACAGGAAUAUGAUGCCAGGCUAGCCAGUACCAGUACAAAUGACUCUUUAGACAUGGAGGAGUACAAUGAUGCCUUGGAUACCAACAAACGAGGAAAUUAUCAACUCACCUAUGUCAACUCCUUUGAGGAAAGUGGUGAGUUGUCUACAUCAUUCAAACCUGAGGAUAUAUUCAGUGCCAUACAGGAGGAACAGAGCAGUAGAGAGGACCUCAGUGAUAUAGCUAGUGCUGAUAGUCUCAAUAAGUCCACAGAUAAACUCAUCAAACAACAACAUGAUAUCAGUGACACAAACCCACCCAAUUCUUCAAAUGAGAAUGUAGCUGACUCCACCCCAAAUACAAGAAAUGUAAAUCCUGGAGAAGUUGAUCACAACCAGGACACUACCAAAUCAAACACAAACGCAACAGGUGAUAUCCAAGUUGAAACUCAACAUACCACAGUGCCAUGUGAAGACAAUGAUAAUGCAACAACUGAUGAUGAGAAUAGGAAUAAGAUUGCAGGGGAUGGUGAACAACUUGCUAAUAAAUCCAAGGAGCCAGAAUCAACAAAAGAAGCUAAAGCUUAAAAGUGUCUGUAAGGUAAAAUUUGUUUAUUUGUAAUGACUUACCAGUAUGUAUCUUUCUAAUCCAAAAUAACAUCAUUUAUGAAGUUUAUACUGCACAUGUAGUAAAUAAAUACAUCAUAUAUCAUAUCCGGUGCCCCAACUACACGAAUAUGUGAGUUGAUAAAUGUAGUGUUGUGAUAAAGUGACAACAAAGGAUAGGCACAAAAUAUUUUCCCUUGAAAUCCUUCUUUGUCACACCAUUUUUCUAUAAGGUUGAAGGGUUUUGAUGUUGUACUAUUAAAAUAUGUUGAUUGAUUUGGUUAUUUGACAACUUGCAUUAAAUGUAUAAAUGUAUAUCUAAAACUAAAUUAGAAGGGCACUUUUGAUCGUUAAAGCAGUGUAAAAUGACUAUGUAUUUUAUUUCAUCUACUUAAAU